AUGAAGACGGUUCGCGACUCAUUUCGAAUCCCCACAGCCCUGUGCAAGGAGCACCCGAAUGGAAAUGUCGCCCUGGGCAAGUCCUGCAACCGUUAUUGGCACUGCCAGGGGGGAUACCCGCGCCUCCAGCGAUGCCCCGCCAUGUUGGUGUUUGACAAAAACUCGCUCCGCUGCGUCGUUCCGCCUACUGAAGACUGCGAAGUGCCUCCACCAUCGACUACCGAAGCUUCUCAAGGAGAGGACAAUGGGGAUGGCGAUAACGAAGGCAACAACAACGGCGUUCAACAGCAGCAGCCGAAACAACGGCCCGUGCAAUCACAGCAACAGAAUAAGCAACAACGACCUCAACAGAUCCCCGCAGGUGCGUCAUCUACCCGUCAAUAA